CAGAGUUUAGUCCUCCAUCAGGACUCGGAUUUAUUUAGCACACUAACCACAUCUCCGCCAAGAUGUCCAUGGUCCGCCGGUCGAGUAUGGACAGAAUGUCCUCUAGCAUGACCUCCAGCAUGACUGGAAUGGGACUUGGCGGAAUAACUGGACUGACAUCCGGGAUGAGCACGUUGAGUUGCAUGCGGGAGCAGCAGAUGACUAUAGGCGGGAUGCCUUCCAACUACGUCCCUGGCCUGUCGGCGUAUUACAACAUUUCGAGUUUCUGUCAACGUCCGGGGCAGACACGCCGUUGGCCUAUGCAACGAGCGGGGCCUACGGCGCAACAUCGUCCAGGGCGUUCGCACAGCACGGGCUCGCUGCACCGCAUGAAGCAUUCAACCAGGAAUAGCCCGAAUACGCAGUACACUCACAACUUGAUCUGCAAGCUUGCUGAUCAAAAUGAACGCCGCCGCCGUCAAGACACACUGGAACAACUUCCUCAAAGUUAUUAUUCGCAACAGCCUCUGAAAGUAGAGUUGACUGAAUUUUAUCCGAGAGACAACUCUAAGGAUCACCACACCGAACAAUAUGAUCUUGUUAACGACAAUGUCUUACCGAACCCAGUAUUGCGAAGGGGACAGAAUUUCUUCUUCGCGGUUCGCUUCGAUAGAACCUUCGAUAAGCAGCAGGAUAUGAUACGACUCGUCUUCUGCUUUGGUUCCAAGCCGAGCGUCACUAAGGGUACUCGAGUGGUUCUUCCUGUUAACUGGAGCACGCAGCAAGGAAUGUACCCGCAUUCACGUGAAAUGAUGGGAAUGGGCAUGGGUAUGGGCAUGGGGAUGGGAAUGGGCAUGGGUAUGGGAAUGUCUCGGAUGCAGGAUACAAGCUCUAGCAUGGCGAUGGGUUCAAUGGGCACUAUGGGUACUAUGGGACCUAUGAGCACUAUGCCUAUGGGAACCAUGGGUACAAUGGGAGCUAUUGGCCCCAUGAGUGGUAUGCGAGAAACUACUAGUUACGGCGUUCGUCGUAGCUCGUUCAGCAAUGAACCCUUGCCUAUACAACACAGCCCUCUUAGCCCGCACGGGCCGAUGGAUCGUCCUAUGGCAGAUCGUUACGGAGGAACCACUCAGCAUUCUACGUACAAUCGUGGUUUUGGUUCCCGUCAUGGAUCGCGUCAUGGUUCCAUGCAGAACUUGGCGAGUAUGGCGCAUGAUAUGGAUAGAUGGGACAUAAGUAUCCAGCGUCAAGAUGGUAACACUGUCACCUUCCAAGUUCAUAUUCCGGCUACCGCGCCCGUGGGCGUCUGGAACUGCUGGGUUCAAACUAAUCGUUUUGGCCAGCGUGAUAAUCGCCAUGACUACAAGUGCGAUGAAGACAUUUAUAUCCUGUUCAACCCGUGGUGUCGUGAAGACCCCGUGUACAUGGACAACGAAUCCUUCAGAAGGGAGUACGUCAUGAACGAGCACGGAAAGAUUUGGUGUGGAACUUGGCGUCAACCAAAAGGACGCAAAUGGAUUUACGGACAGUUCGAUGAUGUUGUAUUGCCGGCGUGUAUGUACUUGCUGGAACGCAGUGGCCUCGAACACUCCGAACGUGGUAAUCCAAUUCGUGUUUGCAGAGCUAUAUCGUCUAUGAUAAAUGCAAAUCAUGACGACGACGGAGUCAUGGUCGGUCGUUAUGACGGGGAAUAUAAAGAUGGCGUGGCUCCUCACGCAUGGACUGGAUCAGUGGCUAUUCUUGAGCGCUAUCUGACCGAUGGCGGACGUCCAGUGGAAUACGGCCAAUGCUGGGUAUACUCAGGACUUGUCGUCAGUAUUUGUCGAGCUCUGGGCAUUCCUUGCCGCUCCGUUACCAACUAUGUGUCGGCACAUGAUACGAAUAGAACGUUCACGGUGGACAAGUACUUCGACCAUGACGGCAACGAGGUACCUAACGGACCCGAUGAAGACUGCUACGAUUCCUGUUGGAACUUCCACGUUUGGAAUGACGUAUGGAUGCAACGUCCGGACUUGCCGCAAGGUUAUAGUGGAUGGCAGAUUAUCGACUCUACGCCGCAGGAAGAGGCAGAGUCGGUGUAUCACUGUGGCCCAGCCAGUGUGGAAGCCGUACGCCGAGGCGAAGUGGGCUUCCAGUAUGAUACGCCCUUCAUGUACUGCCAGCUUAAUGCCGAACUGUGCCACUUCCAGGAGGAAGAAAAUUCGGAAUGGGGCUUCAUUCGAAUGGCCUCAAACCAAUAUCAGGUGGGCCGCAAGAUCCUUACGAAGAACCCGAACCGUGAUGACGAUGAAGGCGAGAGCGACAUGCUGGAGAUCACACACGAGUACAAGACGGUGGAAAGUACAUCACCUGAACGCCUUGCGAUUAUCGCCUCCUGCCGCGGCUAUCAGCGUCUGCAGCAGUACUAUGAAUAUCCCGACCGCAACUAUGAAGACGUUUACUUUGAACUCAUGGACAUUGACUUAGUUCCGUACGGCCAGCCUUUCGAUUGUACUAUGAACAUUCAGAACAAAUCCCACGAAGACCGUACUAUCUGGUGUGUCUUGACGGCUUCCUCUUGCUACUACACUGGCGCCAUAGCGUCGAGGCUGCGAAGGGCCCAGGGAGAGUUUGUGGUUCGUGCAGGACAGCGUGAAGUUCUGAAGCUGCAUGUUACACCCCAAGAGUACAUGGACAAACUUGUUGACCACACCAUGGUUAAAGUUCACGCCAUGGCUUAUGUGAAGCAAACGCGCCAAGCAUGGUCCGAUGAAGACGACUUCCCGUUACAUAAACCGAGGAUGCAAGUGCAGGUGAGAGGCCAGCCUUGCAUCGGACAGGAAUGCCCCGUGACGUUCAGUUUCCAGAAUCCGUUGAACGUCCACCUGACUGAAUGCUACUUCAGCUUCGAAGGGAAUGGUGUACAGAGGCCGCGACAGAUAAGGUUCCGCGACGUGAAGCCUGGGGAGUUCGUGAACUAUCAGGACAAGUUCAUGCCGCGGCGGCACGGGGAACGCCGCAUCGUUGUGACGUUCUCGUCGCGGCAGCUGGACGAGAUCUUCGGCUGCUGCAUGGUGAACGUGCGUGGCUAGCUAGCCGGCGGCCCCCGCGCGCCCUCCCCGCGCGCCGCCUCGGGGCCGACCUCGCCGCAGGCGCUGCACAUGGACCGCUCGUUUGUCUCGUACACUGCGCCGGAUCAACAUUUGUAUGUUCAAGGGGAGGAAGUGGUUGUGUUAAAGACUAUUUAAUCCUUGCAUGCCCCGCACUCAGGAUAUGCGACUUACUUUACAAGUUGACUUUGUUGGAUGUGCAAAUUUUGUCUAUUUAUAGAUUCAUUGUUACACAUGACGACUUGGCUAGUGUUAUGGACGGAACUCAUGAUGUCAUUUUUGUAUUUUCACACUUGCACAUAUCAAAUGUAAAAACCCAAAAAAAUAUAUUCAUUUUAUUAAUUCACGUUUUGCACUGACCGUUUGUUGUGUUUUAUUAUGUUUGUUUUUAAAUGAGAUUCUUAAUAAAUAAGAUGGGAACCGAUGCUUCAAGUGCCAUAAUGUUUUUAUAGUACUUCUUAAUAAAAUAAAUAAAUGAAAUAUUUAAAUAAGAAAAUAGAUAUAAGGAAAUAUACUUAUUCUUAAUUCUAAGUUUCUAUUCUAAGUAAAAACUUUUUAUAAAAGAAGAAAAAAAAUAUUGCACUGUGUUUGUGUGUU